UUCGAGCAUAGUUUAAAAUUGUCAAGUCUGCGGUCUUUAUUUACUGCUCUUAUCGAUCACAAUAACAGUAUUAAACAAUGAUGAAUGAUACAAGUUAUCAAAUUGUUCGAAAUGUUAAGGAGCAAUCUUAGGAGUAACAAUAAAAGAAAGUACACAAAAGGAGAUACUCAUUAUCAGAUAUUAUGAUGUUUUGAUAAACUGAUCUACAUAUGUAUUUUGUAUUGGUUUGUCAAUGAGAAUGCAUUUUGUGGAAGACAGUUGGAUAUGUAUUUAAAAUAUUACAAAUACGGUAUAACGAAUAGGCAAAACUCUCUUAAAGCGUUUAAAUUGCAGUACCAUAAAAUUCGAUGACGACGGUGGUCGAAUAAGAACGAACAAACGAUUUCUUAUCAUUGAAGCUUUGUUCAGUUUUGAGUUUUGUUGUUAUGCAUGGUGUUACUAAAACAAUCAAAAGAACUUGUUUCAAGUUUGGCUACCCGAAUUAAAAUCGCAUAAGAAACAAAAAACCAGUUGCCAUUUUUGCGAUAUUCAAAUCAAUCACUUGUGGGUAAACAUUUAUGAUAUUAAGCAACAUAAAUCUACCUGUUUUCGGUAUAGCUCUCUCACAACAGUAUUCCAGCUUCAGUACGAUUCCUUUCACUUUUAUAUGUUCAGUCAGUUAUCGUUUUUGUUGACGUGUACACAUACUCGUUAUCGAGAUCGGUGCAGUGAGUGUAUUCGCAGUUUAUUUUUGUAUUCAACCUUUCCUGUAGUGGCUCGCGAUUCACGGUACAGUACAAGGGUCAUCGACCUUCAAACAGUAAUCGCUGUCCAUAAAAAUUAUCCCAGCACCGAUGGCAAUGAUGCGACUGAUUCAAAGUAAGACCAUCCCAUUGGGAGUAAACGGCGGAGGUGCUCUGGUUCGAAUGUUGACGGCCGGUCAUUUCAGCAGCCUAUCAUUACCGGCUUAUCCGCUUCCGAAAUUGGAAGAUACGAUGAAUAAACUGGCGACAACGAUUGAACCGCACGUAAAUGAGGAUGGCUACAAGCAGACGAAGUUGGCCAUAGCAGAAUUCACCGCACCCGGUGGAGUUGGUACAAAAUUACAAAAACUGCUGGAAGACCGUGCAGCAGUCAAGAAGAACUGGCUCUCCGAUUGGUGGUUACAAUCUGCUUACUUGGAAUACCGUGAUCCUGUGAUUAUCUACUCUAGUCCAGGGCUAGUCUUCCCCAAAUUAAACUAUGUCAGUGUAGAUGACCAGCUCAGGUACGCUGCCAAAAUCGUGUUCGGUGCUUUGUUGUAUAAACGAAUGAUCGACCGUAAUCAGAUCAAAUUAGAAUCAAUGGGUAAAGUGCCCUUGGAUAUGUCCCAGUAUAAUAAAAUAUUCGGCACCUGUCGAGUACCUGGAAAGCCUUCCGAUUCGUUACUGUACCACCCUGAAUCUACACAUAUUGUAGUCGCAUCCAACAAUCAGUAUUUUAAAGUGGAAGUGGGAGGCUCGGACGGCAUCGUAGGUGAAGAAAAAUUGUACCAACAGCUGAGAAAAUGUUACGAAAUGUCUCGACAGAAAGCAGAGCCCGUAGGAAUGCUUUCGGCUCUGCCUCGGGACAGUUGGUACGAUGCUUACGAGAUACUGAAUGCCGAUCCAAUUAAUCAAAAGACCAUGAAAACCAUUCAAAGUUCCCUUUUCGUGCUGUCGUUGGACUACGAGAUUGGAAACCCAUCGGGAGACGACAUUAUCGACGCUUGUCAUUUGCUAAUUCAUGGCGGUGGUUCUAGUGCCAAUUCCGGUAAUCGAUGGUAUGACAAAACCCUGCAGCUGGUGGUGGGCCCUAACGGAGUAAACGGACUGACGUACGAGCAUUCGCCUGCCGAGGGACAACCGAUCGCCGUUCUGACUGAUUUCAUUAUCAAUCAUAUCGCUAAAGGCGAUGAAGCAGGUUCGGUUCGAGAAAUUGAAGCGCCCGAAAAACUCGAUUUCAACCUUUCGCCGAAGGCGCAGGACUUUCUUAGGAAGGCAGCCUCUAGUCACGACAAACUAAUUAGCGAUCUGGACAUGAAUUAUCUGCACUAUACCGGUUACGGAAAAGGUUUCAUUAAAACCAACAAAAUGAGCCCGGACAGCUACAUUCAGAUGGCAAUCCAGUAUGCAUUCUACAAACUGCAUCGUGUUCCAGGGGCCCACUACGAGUCAGCUCAAACUCGUAUGUACGAAGCUGGUAGAACCGAAACCAUUCGGUCUUGUUCGAACGAAUCAAUUGCUUUUGCUCGUACCAUGCUGGAGGAAGGGGCCAGUGCAGCGGAAAAGCUGACGAAACUGAGGGCGGCCGUCGACUCACACAAAACGUACGCAUCGAAGGCAGUCCAAGGAUUCGGUGUCGACCGGCAUCUGCUGGGGUUGAAACUGAUAGCCCGCGAGAACAACAUACCAUUGCCGGAUCUGUUCAAGGACGGCGGUUUGCUCGCCAGUCAGCAUAUGCGCCUUUCCACCAGCCAGGUGGCUUCACGGUACGAUGCCUUCAUGUGCUACGGACCCUUGACGGCCGAUGGGUACGGAUGCUGCUACAACCCGAAGGAAGAUGACAUGUGGUUCGGUAUUUCCUCGUUCAAGAGCAACCCGGCCACGGAUUCGAAGGUCUUCCGGGAUUAUCUGCGGCAGGCUUUGGACGACAUGUUCGAUGUGCUUAGCAAGGCGGCACCCGGUGUUAGCAGCAAACUAUAAACGGGCCAUGGGAGGCCGGCAGGUUCAGGCUGAAUGGGAAGGGAAUAAUUUGUUUUUAAUAGAAAGGUGAUGGACUUCUUUUUUUAAUACUA